CGGCAGGUCCGUUAGUUGGUCGCCGCGCGUCGGCGAUGUAACAUUUUGUUAUAUGUUAUAUCUUAAUUAUUGUCGUUACCUCGAUCGAUUUAUUACCUCGAUCGAUCUAUUUCGAUGGAUUCGUCGCACAUAUUGACCUUCAACAUCAUUAAGAAUUAUUAAAGACUCAUCUAUUUUCGAAUGAAUAUCUAAAGAACUUGAAGUUAAAAAAUCGAACAAAAAGGGAAAGUGUCAAAGGCGAGUCUGCUGUUCUGUCGACAGAUAUGAGAACGGUGUAUAUGUAUGUUAUGUGUGUUACUACUGUGUCUAUUGCGUGUUUGUCGGCGGAACGAGUUCAUUUCUUCGUCCAAAGACUUCCCGUUUCAGUGACGUUUUCGAAGAAGCUUUAAAAAAGAGAAAGAAGACAAUUUUCAUGAAUAAAUCUCGAGAUUAAAAAAAGAAAAGAAAAAAAUGAUAAAAUGUUGUUGAUAAUUAAAAUUGAUAAUCAUUUAAUAUCCGAUUGAUUUUCAGUGAUAUAAAAGUAUAUGCAAAUAUAACAUAAUAAUAUAUUUCGAGAAAUUUUUUGUAUCGUUAAAAAUUCGAAUCCGCACUGCUGUAUCGACAAAGAAGAAAGGUGUGGCGCGAAACCUGUACAUUCUUACAACAAAAGAGAUUAUCUCUCUCUCUCUCUCUCUCUCUCUCUCUCUCUCUCUCUCUCUCUCUCUUUCUCUUUUAUCUGUCUCUAUCUCUUUCUUUCUUCAUCUUUGGACUUUGUCAUCUUGUUUUUUAUCUUCUUCAGUUUACUUUUGUUUUUUAUAUAUUGCUGAGGACAUAAAAGAUACUUAUGAACGUUAAAACAACGUAAACACACACCAUCGAGAAGAAUAUAACGAGAGCUUCCUCAUACAGAGAGUAUAUUUUUUUUCGAAGAUGUACGGGUGAUAAAAGAUCUCUCCUUCGUCAAAAUGUUGAUUAAGGAAUAUCGAAUUCCUCUGCCACUUACGGUAGAGGAAUAUCAAAUUGCUCAACUUUACAUGAUAGCGAAAAAAUCACGUGAAGAAAGCAGAGGUACCGGAAGUGGCGUGGAAAUAAUAGUUAACGAACCGUAUACCAAUGGUCCCGGUGGAAAUGGCCAAUACACGCAUAAAAUUUAUCACGUUGGUAGCCACUUGCCAGGAUGGUUCAAAAGUUUAUUACCUAAAUCGGCAUUAAUAGCAAAAGAAGAGGCAUGGAACGCAUAUCCGUAUACAAAAACGCGAUACACGAGUCCAUUCGUCGAGAAAUUUUCCAUAGAAAUAGAAACUUAUUAUUUUCCUGACAAUGGCUAUCAAGAAAAUGUUUUCAAACUAAACGGUGCCGAUUUAAGAAACAGAGUCGUAGAUUUGAUCGAUAUCGUAAAAGAUCAAAUCGAUUAUGUCAAGGAAGAAGAUCCUAAAUUGUAUAUUUCUGAAAAAACGGGUAGAGGUCCACUAACGGACACUUGGUUGGAAGAUUAUUGGAGUGAAAUCAAAGGUAAACAACAGCCAACGUCAUCAGGGAAAUCGUUAAUGUGCGCUUACAAAUUAUGCCGAGUAGAAUUCCGCUAUUGGGGUAUGCAAACAAAGUUAGAAAAGUUCAUCCACGAUAUGGCAUUGAGGAAAGUGAUGGCACGAGCACACAGACAAGCUUGGGCCUGGCAAGAUGAAUGGUAUGGUUUGACAAUGGAAGAUAUCAGAGAAAUUGAACGGCAAACUCAGUUAGCACUUCAACAAAAGAUGGGUCUUGCUGAUUCCGGUGAAGAAGUAACUCAUGAUGAUGAUGAGGACACGAAUACAGGGAAUACCGGAAUGACACCUCAAGAAUCGAACGUCGCUAGGACAUUCGCAGCCACUUUGAGCAGUAUCGAAAAAAAUGAGGACCUUCAGAGUCCAAUGAGUAUUAGGAAACCUUCGGAUAUACCGAUCAUCAAUACGGCUGUUAGUUCAGAAGGUGAAGCUAGUCCUGAGGAUUCUCCAACGGAACCAUCUAAUGCUAGCCCGAUCGACGAAAAAAAUGAAAAGAAAUCAUGGAAGAAAAAUACAGCAAGUCAUUCACCUAGUUCAGCAAAAAAUAUGGAUAUACAAAUCGCAAAUUGGAGAAUGGAGAGUAUCGUUAGAGAAUCCGAAACCAGUAGCGAAGAGGAAUUCUUUGAUUGCCAGGCUGGGUUCAUUAUACCUACUAUACGUAAAGAGCACUUUGAAGAUAACUCUUCAUUAGCUAAAUGGAGUUCUUUGGAUCUUCUAGCAGAAGAGGAUGAUGGUGCUUCUCCUGUGGCACCAACAAACAACGUGGAAGAAGCAGAUACGAUAUUCUCACCGUCGUUUCUACAGCCAAUAGCAAGCGAACGUAGUAAAAGAUUGCAAAUUCACACCUCGACGAGCGUUGACGUUUCUUGUCCAACGUCACCUCAACAUUCUCCAACUCAUCAGUCGUGUAAAACUACAGUACUUUUGAUUGUGAUGCAUGCCGGAAGCGUUCUAGAUGCCAAUGUUGAUUUGACGGCUAAGAAAUCGGAUGUAACAACUUUCAGAGGUGCCUUCGAGUCUGUUAUGAGACAACAUUAUCCUAGUAUGGUCGGACAUGUCUCUAUAAAAUUUGUUUCAUGUCCGUCAAUAUGUACUGAAGGUCUAGGUGUUCUUUCGAGUUUAAGUCCAUACAGUUUCGAUAUGUCUCCAUCAUGCAUGGAUGCACCUCAAGUAACGAACGAUACUAUACCAAUCGGUGCAAUACCAUUACUGGCAAGUGCAAGCUCGGAUUACGAAGAAGCAGUCUCACGAGUAGUUACCAAUGCAAAUCAGAUUUAUCAAGAAUUUAUAAAAAGCGAGGAGGGUAAAGGUUUUAGUGGGCAAAUUUGUUUCAUCGGUGAUUCCGUAGGUUCGAUUUUGGCCUACGAUGCUUUGUGUAGAUCUACGCAUUAUCAUUCGAGAUAUAACAGUGAAAAUAAUAUAUUGGAAACGAGUAAUCAAGGGACUGAAAAUAAUGGAAUUUCUGAGGAUGGUAAACAUUUAAGUGCAACUUUACCUAGAAGAAGAUCUUCUGGAACAAAUGACAGUUGCCAGCAAUGUAAAUUAGAGUUCGAGGUAGGAGAGUUCUUCAUGUUUGGCAGUCCAUUAGCACUCGUUAUGGCAUAUAGAAAAAUUUCAUCUCACGGAGAUAAAAAUAGUAAUAUCCCAAAGCCAAUGGUGAAUCAAGUUUACAAUCUCUUUCAUCCAAGCGAUCCAGUAGCUGCAAGAAUCGAACCAUUGAUUUCUGCAAGAUUUUCUUUACUACCACCUGUUAAUGUUGCUCGAUAUCAAAAGUAUCCACUUGGAAAUGGGCAACCUUAUCAUUUACUGGAAACGAUUCAAAGCAAUACACAAUUAUUUGCGGAUGGAUUAAACAUUCCUAACAUAUACAUGACAACGCCACUUCAACAUGCUCAUUUGAGAAGAUUGUCGGAUAUAUCGAUUCACAGUACUAUGUCUGGUAUCGUCGAUAAUUUUCCUUUACAAGUUGUCUCUGCACUGACGCAAAAAUGGUGGGGAAACAAACGAAUAGAUUAUGCUCUAUAUUGUCCAGAGGGUCUGGCAAAUUUUCCUACAAAUGCAUUACCCCAUCUCUUUCAUGCUAGUUAUUGGGAAUCAUCAGACGUAAUAGCGUUUAUAUUAAGACAGCUGGGUCGGUUCGAUUUACCUAUACUUGGUAACGAAGAAAAAGAACUUUCAUGUUUCCGUCCAGGUCAACCAAGAGAAAAAUGGAAUAAAAAACGCACUUCGGUCAAACUAAAGAAUGUUGCUGCUAAUCAUAGAGCCAAUGAUGUAAUCGUGGGAGAAGGUGUACCUCAAGUAUUAGUGGCCAGAUUUAUGUACAGUCCUAUAGACGUGAUAGCUUUAACAGGGGAAAAAGUAGACAUUCAUAUUAUGAAGGAUCCACCUGUUGGCGAAUGGUCAUUUUUAAAUACAGAAAUUACAGAUAAAAAUGGUAGAAUAACUUAUAGAAUACCCGAUGACAAAGCUCUCGGUUAUGGACUUUAUCCUGUAAAAAUGAUAGUUAGAGGAGAUCACACUUCCGUUGACUUCUUUUUGGCUGUGAUACCUCCGAAAACAGAAUGUGUGGUCUUCAGUAUCGAUGGAUCGUUCACAGCAAGUAUGUCAGUUACCGGGAAGGAUCCGAAAGUUAGAGCUGGCGCUGUUGAUGUUGUCAGGCACUGGCAAGAAUUAGGAUAUUUAAUUAUAUACAUCACCGCUCGACCCGAUAUGCAACAGAAGAAAGUUGUAUCCUGGCUAUCUCAGCAUAACUUCCCUCACGGUUUGGUGUCUUUCGCGGAUGGGCUCUCUACGGAUCCGCUAGGUCAUAAAGCAGCAUAUUUAAAUAAUUUAGUCCAGGAACACGGUGUAAUAAUACAUCAAGCAUACGGUAGUAGUAAAGACAUAAGUGUUUACACGUCAAUAAAUCUCAAGCCAAAUCAAAUAUUCGUUAUCGGUGGAGCAUCGAAAAAACAUCAUGCUCUGGCGACAAUACUUCACGAUGGUUAUGCCGCACACUUGAGCAUCCUACAAGCACAUGGUGGUUCGAGACCAGCCAAAGGCAAUGCAAGGAUGGUAAUACCACGUGGACAAUUUGGUUUGCCCGGUCAGAAUGCAUCUUUACGGCGAAGAAGCUCUUUUAGAACGGCGAAACGAGCGAUUUCUCAACCAACUGUGGGAAAAAUCUUUCCUUUGGAACGAAGUACGAGCUUAGGACCACCAAGUUCGCUUCCAAACGUACCGCAUUCGGCGCCACCAAUCAAAAAUACCGCCACGGAAAAGCUCUGACGACUUACACGCUGCCGCUCUUUUUUCGACUCCUUGCAUUGAUUUACGUGUAUUCGCAAUGUCCUUCAUCGAUUCCUAUUUUAACUUACGUAACACAAUUAACUUGAUAUCAACGCGAUAUCGAUAGGAAAAAAAAGGGAAAAAGUAAGAGAAAAAAACCAGAAGCUGCAAAAAUUCCCAUUUUUUUACUUUGGACUAUACGUCAUCAUUGUAAACAACUACAUUAAUCAUAUCAGGAAUUGUAUGUUAUAUCAUUAUGAGUAAUACUCUACGUUAAUCAUAUCAGAUUUUUAUAAAAUUUAAUUGAUUUAAAAAAUUUUCAUAUCAUUGACACAAGUAAUUACUUAUCGUUGAUCUUAUCAAUGCGAUUAAAUCGUUAUAGAUUUUUAUUUCUGGUCGCAUAAUCACGAUAAUGUAUUAAUUAAAAUAUGUAAAAAUAUUUGUCGAUUAUCAUCGAUUCAAUGAUUUAACAAAAAUAUGCAUAAUGCAUGAAACAUGUGAAUGACUUUUUCAAAAUUCAACAUUUUUUUUACAUCCUCUUGAAUGAUCAUCGUGAGAUAUAAUGACUUUGCAGUAGAUUAUAUAUGAAUUACGCUACAAUACGAAAGAGAAAGAAAUGUAUUUGUUCGAACUGUUAUCUGAUCUCAACUAAUUGUUAAUAUUUUAAAGAAAACUGAUUAUAACGUUGAACGUAAAUUAGUGUACAAAUGUUUCUCAUGUAUUUGUCGUUAUCAAUAUUUUUAUUAUUAUUGUACCUCGUAAUAAUUGUCACCAUCAUCAACCAUUAUCAUUAUUAUUAUUUUUUUAUUAUCAUUGUUAAAAGCAAUAAUUUUGAAGAAAUCUGCAUUUUUUACUCGAUCAAAAUUUAUUAUUCAUAUGUGAAUAUACGAAGAAAAUAAGAAAGAAAAAAUAGGAUUAAAUAAUUAUUUGUUACUCGAAAAAUGAGACAUAGAUCUAUUUCUAAACUAUUAGAAACUUUUGCGCGAAAGUAUUAUGUAUAUAUAUUAGUUAUUACAAAUGUUAUCUAUGGGAUAGGUUUUAGAGAAAUAGUUAUUAUUUUUCUUUUCUUUUCUUUUUCUUUUUUUUGUUUUCUUUUGCUCGAUAAAACUUUGCACAUAUGACUCUCUUCUAAAUAGAUGAGUGUAAAAGAUUAUGAAAUAAAUAAUAGUGUGUAUAUAUAAAUACAUACAUACAUACAUAUAUACAUAUAUAUAUAUAUAUAUAUAUAUAUACAUAUAUAUAUAUAUAUAUAUAUAUAUAUAUAUAUAUAUAUAUAUAUACAAUCACAGUGCAAAGCAAAAGGAAAGUGUGAGAAUCGAUGUAGAAAAUUUGUAUCGUCGAUUUACUACGUUUCUUUGAAUAAUAAAAAGACUGUAAGAGGAAGGAACAUUCACUUAUAAAAAAAAACCAUAUGAUAAUAUAAAAAAUAUACAUACAUACAUACAUAUAUAUUUGUAUAUAUAUAUAUAUGUGUGUAUGUAUGUAUGUAUAUGUAUAUGUAUAUAUAUUUAUUCGGUUGUCGAAUUUAUGAAAAGAUGACACUAACGGCAAAUAUUCCAGGCAUGGUGAUUCGUUCCAAAAUAAAAUUAAGAAAAAUCUAUUAUAGAAACAAGAUAUGAGAUAGGUUUGCACCAUUGUUGUGUCCAUAUCGACUGAUAAUAAGUAGUAUCGUGUGUAUAAAUUAAAUAUUUUGAUUUAUUACACAUAUAGAGUAAUCAUAACUUCACAUGCUCUAGUCUUUUAGAAAAAUUAUCAAACAUUACGUAUAAUUAUUCCUUCAUAUAUUUGAGUCGUUCUAAUGUGAUGUAUAAAAGAAAAAAAAGGAAAAAAAAAAAAGAAAAAGAAAAAACAACAACAACAACAACAUAAUUAACUACUAUAUUAACUGUUUAUAUUGUUAUAUGGCAUGUAAGAAAAAUAUUAUAAUAUACAUAUAUACAUAUAUAUAUACAUACCUAUAUACAUUUUUACAUAUAUAUAUACAUAUAUACAUAUAUACAUGUAUAUAUAUGUAUGUGUAUAUAUGUAUGUACGUAUAUAUGUAUUUAUAAAGUCAUCAUCAAAUUGCAUCAUCGGAAAUCCAGAAGAUAGAGACGAAAAAAUGUUGGAUCAUUAAAAGAGAGAGAGAGAGAGAGAGAGAGGGGGGGGGAGGGAGAUGGUAGAAUUGCCUAUAAUAGCGAAUUUGAAAAGGUAUUUAAAUUAUUUUUAAUAAUGUUCGAUACAUUAUAGCGGUGAUGUACGAUUUAGAAAGAAAAGAAAAAAGAACGUAAAAAAGAAUAAAAAAGAGAAAUAAUAAUAAUAAUUCUUUGGAAGAUUUGAUCUUGAGAUAAGAUAAAAAUCAGUACUAUAGUCUCUCGGUAAGAUCCGUUUGAGUCAUAUUUUUUACUUUUACACUGGUCGCAAAUUUUCAAUUACGAUAUUUUCUGUAUUUUCCUCUGAAGAAAAAAAAAAAGAAAGAAAAAGAAAAAAAGGAAAUUGUUAAAGAUGAAAAGAACAAUUAUGAAAUAUUCAUGUACAGUGACGUAAACGCUGCACUGGCGUUUGAAAAAAACAUAAAUAUGUAUAUGAUACUAGAAUUAUAAAUAUGACUGCAAAAAAUAUUUUAAUUAUAUACCAAACCAUUGAUAAACUAUUAAACGUAAUAAGAAUUCUAUUUUUGUUAAUGUGACUCUCAAACGAUGUGUCAUAAUAAUAAUUAAUCAAAACUAAUUCAUUCUUUUAUAGUAAACAUUUUUGCUAUUAAACGUGAAUAGUUAUUUUAUAUAUAUAUAUAUAUAUAUAUAUAUAUAUAUAUAUAUAUAUAUAUAUAUAUAUUGUUGAAUCAUUAUAUAAUUUUACUUGGAUAGUUUAAACGAGGAAAGAAAUUUUCUGCAUCCUGUUAUAAUGAUCAAUCAAUACAUGACUGGAGGAAAAAAAUAGCCAAAAAAGAAAAAAGAUAAAAAAGAAAAAAAAAGAAACUAUAACACAUUUUCGUCAUUGUGUCAAAAUAUUACGAUGAAGUGAGAAAUUAUUUUCGUUAUAAAAAUUCAAAUUUCAAAUUUAAUAUUUAAAAGGGCAUGUAAUAUUCUUUUUACUAUAUGUAAUAUAUGCGUAUAUAAUAUAUAUGUAUUAGAUUACAAUUAUAGUUACUACAUGCAGGAAAAUCAUGUUUUAGAAAUUAUUAAGUAUAUACAUAUAUAUAAAUAAAUAAAUAAAUAUAUAUAUAAAUAUAUAUAUAUAUAUAUAUAUAUACACACACACGUACACACACAUAUAUACAUACGUAUUGUAAUAUAUUUUUAUACACUUGUCAUAUGUAUAUUGACAGAACCGUUGUAACCCCACUGGCUCGAUUAAUUGUCCAUGCUGUGGAAAGUUGCUAUUAUAAAUAGGAAAGAUAAAAUUUCUCUUGUGUGUAGUUCUUUCUUUUCUUCUUUAUUUAUUUAUUUCUUUUUUUUAUUUAUACCUUAUAUUUAUCUUUCAUUUUAUAUCAAUGAAAACCAUUAUGUAAAAGUGUUGCAAGUUAAUCGAAUGAUGUAAUUAUUAUAUUCGAAACCGCCUAAACGUCCAAUAAAUAAUAAUUACAAGAAA